CUGAGAAGCGGGAUUGUUAUUAUCGCCCUCCUCUACGGUAUGCUAGGUCAUGUUUUGAAUUGCCAGUCUUUUAUAUUAAUGUGUUGUCGUUUUUCUAAUGCAUAGAAGCACCGAACUACAAAUGUGUGACAGUACGAAAGGAAGCGUUUCUUUUUGAGCUAACAUAAAGUUCGCUAAUAGAGCUCUCAUUAGCGUUAUCCAUCUAACCUGUCCACGCCGACAAUUCUCUUCAGAGUAACGUUAUGCAACGAAGAAAAGCUGCUAAAAACGUAGCAGCUUUUCAUCGAGCAGCACAACUUCCGCCUGCACCAUGACCGAGAGACCCAACAAAGACAAACUCAAGCGAAGUUUGUCAUUGUCCAAGAGUAAGAAGAAAGGAAAUGUCAAAAGUGGGAUUUCUGCCAGUGCUGUCUCCACAACUCCUAUCAGCUCAUUCUUCAGCAGCCAGCCUCCACCUAAACUGGCCUGCCCCCUGUGCGCCCAGUUGGUACCGAGAUUCAAGAUCAAUGAGCACAUUGAUUUGCAAUGUCAGAACUUUGAGAGAGGAGACAGCAGUGUCGCCUCAGCAAGUAAUAGUCCAAGCAUCCACCUAUCACCCAGAAGGAAUCCCCCUAAGUCUCCAGAGCUGGAUCCAAAGAAGGAAGAAGAGACCAAAGAGACAAGUCCCUAUUUCAAAAGGAAUAAUUCUCAGCAGGCGCCACCGGAGAUAAAAGGAAACAGUGUGGUCAGAAAGAUUGACUUGGGAAGUCUCUCCUCCAAGUUAUCAAUGAAAUCUCAUAAGGUACCUGAGAGGACACAGACAGAGGAUAAACAUCCACAGAUGUGUCCUCAAAACCAGACAUAUUCUUCUGAGGCAUUCAGCAGCUCACAGAAAGAAAAUCUGAGUUUAGAAGACAAAAACAACUACGUGGCAGUCAUUGACCUUACACAAACUAGUGCCGACACUCUAGUGGAAGUGCUUACAUGUUCAGACAAAGGAUGUCAUCUUGAAUACAAACCGGAGACUUUUGAAAAACGAGUUGCUCCAAAGCUGCGCUCUUCUUCCUCCAAACUAUCAAAGAGAAAGAUUGGAACAACUUCCACUGGCAGGUCUGAUUUCAGAAAGAAAGCAAAAUAUGAGGUGAACAGCAGGGAGCCAGCAGAGGUGUUGUCUGACUUAUAUGUUGCAGAGAUGACUGAUACGGACCAGCUUAAGACUGAGGUACCUUCUACCACUACUUGCAACCCCCCUCUGAGUUCAGAGGAAACACAUUCCCUGACAGAGUCGGGUGCUGAGAACAUCAGCAGUGACCAGGUUGUCGAGAGCUCACAUCCCUCAUCACUUCCAUACUACCUCCGUAACUUCCGGACUGUGCUACAGGCUGUCCUGGAGAAUGAGGACGACAGGUCAUUGUUUAACCAGGAUGAUAUGUCACCCGUACAUGUAUUUGAGAAACUCUCAGUCAUGGGGCAGAAGCUGUAUGUGAGACUCUUUCAGAGGAAACUGAAGUGGCUCCAAGUAAGUAAACUGGAUUAUGAAGAGAUAUGCAGUGAUCUGGGACCUGUUGCUCAGGAGCUGGUUCAAGGUGGUUUUCUACAAACAGAGAGCGACCUUCAGGACUUGGGGGAGGCUCUGGAACUCCUGCCUGCUCCUGAACUCAAAGCUCUGGCUAAGACUUUCCACCUGGGCAAUUCAGGGACUCAGAAACAACAGCUAGUCGACGGACUUCUCCGUCUAAGUAGGCAAAAGUCCUUCUUCUCUCUGACCCCUGCUCAGAACAACAUUGGGGCUGUCAUUCUCAAAAGGGCAAAGCAGCUGGCAAGUUCCUGUGUGCGCCUGUGUCGUGGUCCUCGGGCUGUCUUUUCGCGUAUUCUUCUCCUCUUCUCUCUGACGGACACCAUGGAUGAGGAGGAGGUGGCGGGUGGUGGGCAGAGUCAGCUUUUCACCAUUCUGCUGGUUAACUCGGGACGCCUGGCCUUCCCAGACUACACAGUGCAGCGCACAGCCAAGGUGUUCCGGGACAGAGAGGAUCUUAUCAGAUAUGAAGCAUCCAUGCGAGCCCUGCAAGAGGUAGUCUCAGCUAUGCAGGGAGGUCAGUGGGAAGAGGCCAUGGAGCUUUACACUGCUGCCAAAAGUGUUUGGCAGGAGCUGAGGAAAAACCAUGACCUCAGUCACCAGGAGGAGCUGCCUGUGUUUCUGCGAAGCUUCACUACAGGAUGGGCUUAUACUCGGAUCUUAUCCAGAGGAGUAGAGAUUUUGCAGAGGCUACGUCGCUAUGAGGAGGCAGUAGAGGAGCUGCGGUCCUUACUGUUACAGUCCGUUUGCUGUCCUGACAGCCGAGGACGAUGGUGGGACAGACUGGCGCUAAACCUUCACCAGCACCUAAAAAAACCUGAGCAAGCUAUUUGUGCUAUCAGAGAUGGGCUGUCAGACCCUUUGGUGCGAACUGGACAUAAACUUUCUCUUCAUCAGAGAGCUGUGAGGAUGAAAGAGUCUGCCAGCAUGAAGAAGUAUCACCUGCACCUAAAGGACCUGCCCACCAUUCAAGUCCAAGAUGUCACACAUGUGACCAUCCGGGGACAGUUGUUCCCUCAUGAGGGGGGCACCGGGAAAUCUAGGUUCCUUUUACCAGCAAACGGAGAGGGGGAAGAGAGCGCUAAUGCCACUGUAAUAUGCUCUGUGGAAGAGCUGUCUUUAGCACAUUACCGUCAAGAAGGCUUUGACCAAGGGAUCCAUGGAGAGGGCUCAACAUUCUCAACCUUGUUUGCUCUUCUGCUAUGGGACAUCAUUUUUAUGGAGGGUAUUCCAGACGUUUUCAGAAAUCCAUACCAGACAUGUCCACUGGAUCUUUACACUGACUGUUUCUAUGAGAACAGAAAAGAGGCGAUCGAGGCUCGUGUGCAGUUACUAAGGGAGUCAUCUGUGGAGACUUUGCAUGACAUGUUAGAAGAGGUCUGGACCUCCCAGGAGGGUAAAGUGUGUUCACUAGUCAACUGGGAGCGUUUCUCAUCCCUUCAACAGGCGCAGUCUCUCGUUUCUUGCCUGGGUGGAGCCUUCUUAGGAGGGGUAAUAAAACGAAUGUCGAAAGACUAUAGACACUGCCGUGGAGGUUUGCCUGAUCUAGUGGUGUGGAACACCUCAAACAACAGCUACAAGCUGGUGGAGGUGAAGGGGCCCACUGAUCGACUGUCUCAGAAGCAACAGAUAUGGCUGGAUGAGCUGCAGAAGCUGGGGGCUGAUGUGGAGGUGUGUCACGUGACAGCUACUGGAGCCAGAGGAGCUCGUCUGGAAUAAACACAGACAUAGGGAAACUGACUGAUAAGUGUGUGUAAAAUUGAAACAUCAGCAGACAGAAACUCUGAAUAAAAUCUGGGAGCUUUUUCUGAGUCUGGUCAUCUAGAACAGAGAAUGUUAAUCUCAAAAACUCCAUCUAUCUUGCAUCACAAUCGUCAUUACUUUUGAGUACAGUAUAUUGAGUGUCAUGGCAGGGAGUGUGCCUCACGACAUGGCGCAUUAACAUUAGGGAAACCACUUCCGUUGGCCUUCAACAGGAAGAGGUGCAUCAGCAUCACAAGAUGAAGCUCUUUGCUGAGAACGGCAAGGAUCAGAAAUAGCUUGCCUACAGAUAAACAAAACUGAUGCAUGAAAAGAAAUGCAUCCAACACCCACACCAAACUGAUGGUAUUUCCAUUUCUUUGGCAACACCUUUUCAGUAAUUUGGGUUGCCAAGCAUUGAAAAUGCACAUUUAGUUGGCUGCUUAUGAAUUGUAUGACACUUCUACAAGUUUGUUAUGCAGGUAAUUACUGUGAUAACAUGCCUCUAAAUACGGCUGGGCGAUAUGGAGAAACUCAGAUAUCACAAUAUUUUUGACCAAAUACCUUGAUGUGAAUAUUGCAACGAUAUUGUAGAGUUGACCAUUGGUGCUUUUACAAAAUAUUUUCACAAUUUGAUUUUAGAUAAAUAAUCAUCAAUACUGUGGAUAUAAUAAUUUAGUGGUUAAAGGGAAAUAAUAGAACAGCUAGAACAGUCUAGUAAGAUCAGAAUAUUACUUCACUUUAUUGUAAUGCUGCCUUUAAACUCGGGAAAUAAUAUACAAUAUAUCUAAAUAUUGUCAUAAAUAGGCUGUUUUGCCACUACUCUACCAGAUAAAUUAAAUAAUAGGGCUCCAAUUAAUGAUUUUUUUUGCUCCAUUAAUUUAUUAACAUUUUUGAAUGUCAGAAAAUGGUGAACAUUUCAAGUUCCGAGCGCCCAAGUUGUGAUCAUCACA